GCAAUGCUAGGUACCCCAAAAGAUUUUCCCAAAAAUUGUUACCAAAUGAUGUGGCAAACAAGUGGAGAGUUAUGAUUGGGUGAUGAAUGAAUCUACAAGGGGGCCUCAUUAUUUUGGGAGUAAAUGCAACCAAUCAGGAUUAGACACCUCAUUUGGGAAAAAAAUUUGGGACAAUUUUUUGGGGUCCCUAGCAUUUUCCCAAUGAGAUACAAUCGGACAUGCUUAGCAAAAAAAAAAAAAUACAAUCGGACAUGAGGUGGCUGUAAUAAAACACCCGGUAUCUCUCUGUCUGGUCCAUCUAUCUUUCCUCCUACAUACAAAAUCCCCGUCUCACACUCCCUAGUCCCUUGUAGUUGUAUGUAGAGCACUCACAUUCCACACCGUGCGCAUUUCCUAUAAAAUAUUACUAAAAAACAACACACACUCAAUUUCACACACAAUUUGCCCAAAAUGGUGUCUGCCACCACCGGCCUUACUUUCGAAUCCCUGCCGGAAAUUAACUUAUCUGACCUCUCUCAAUCCGAGCUGCACACUCUCUCUUUAUGCUCUGUUUCUGCUUUUAAGCUUCAUAAUAGCAAUGAUAUUAUUACCCCUUCUGUUAAUCCUUCCAUUUUCAACAAGUCUGCACGCCAGAACUACUCCCGGCCUUAUCGCCGGCGCCGUAUUUCACCUAAACCUCUUAGUUCCGACCAUUGUGGUCCGGCCCAUGACCCUGCUGAGGUAGAAGAUAGAACCAUUGUGGGGUAUUUGAAGAACCUUCUUGGUGAUCAAGAGCGGGAGUUUUCGGGUUUAAAGAGAGUGGUGGAGGGUGAUUCAGGUGAGUUUUUGAACCCUGGGAGAGUGGUUGAAGGUAAUUUUGGUGAGUUGUCGAACCCCGAGAGAGUGGUUGAGAGUAAUUCAGGUGCAAUUGUUGUGUAUGAGGAUGAGAGGAAUGGGAGGAAGAGAAAGAGAGGGGGUGGAGGUAAGAGUGAUGUGGAGGUUGAAUUAUCGAAUGUGAAUUCAAAUGGGGUGGUAGUUAAUUUUCAAGAAUUAGGCGAUUCAGAUGAGUAUUAUAGCGAGGAAUUGAAGAAGAGGACCGAGGGUUUAAGGACUGAAGAAGAUGGGUUAGGUUUUUUGAGGGGUUUAAAUGGGAAAUGGUGUAGUAGGAGAAAGAAAAGGAAGUUUGUGGAUGCUAGUGAAUUUGGUGACAAGUUUCCUGUUGGUUGGAAGAUUAUACUUGGUUUGAGGAGGCGAAAUGGAUGUGUUUCACUUUACUGUCGCAGAUAUGUAAGUCCUGUUGGAGAACAUUUUGUGUCCUGCAAGGAAGCUUCUUUGUAUCUGCAGUCUUAUUUUAGAGAUAGAGAUAACCAGAAGACUGAUCAGAUGGCUGCAAAUGUUGAACAAGUUGGCAAUGUGGCCUCCAUAACUCAUGCAGGUGUUGUUGAUAAGGAAAGUGACAUGCAGGUGGAUAGUAUACCCAGUUCAUCUUUAAAUGUCAUAGAACAUAACAUUUUGAGUACGGAAAAAUUGUAUGAGGUUCCAAUUCGUGCUAUUUUUGAUUGCUCAAAAUGUGAAUUGACUUUCGAACAAAAGAGCAAAUAUUUUGAGCAUAUGCUUGAAGUUCACUUAAAUACCACUAGAAUGUACACACUUGACAAAUCUGCUGGGAGUGGUUUGGUUAUUGAUGAUGAAAUAUAUAAACGGAAGGAGAGGAGCACUAAUGAGGCUCAAGUGGGAAUUCAUUUGAACAACAAAACAAAAAUCUCUAAAGAAUCACCUGUUCAAAUAACAGAUCAGAAGAGUUCUGAAUCUCCAUCAGAUAAUGGGCUGCUGUCGAGGGCUUCUAUGUUGGGUGCUGUGGAAGAGAUUGCUUACCAUUCUAUGUUAGAGUAUUCUAAGGACCAACCAACUGGACAACCCUGGAUUUGUUCGUCUUCCAACAAUCUUAACCCAGAUAUCUCUGCGGCCAACUCUGACCGUGAACAGAGCUUGGAUUAUCAUCUCACUGAAAUGGGAACUGGAAAGACCACGUCAGCUCUGGCCCCAAAGAUGAAGCUACGUGAUGGUGGACAUAUUACUCCAGAUGAGAAUAUUAUAAGAAUAAAUGGUGUUUCUGAUAUUGGGAAUGGCAAUGUCAUGUGCACCAGGACUUCGGAUCAUCCCAAGCUUGGUGAAUCUAAAAAUUAUCGUAGCACUGAGCAGGGAAAUUGUGGAGUAGAUUAUGAUGACUCAAAUAAACUAAUUGUCGGUGCAAAAAAGGGAGCUACGGAUUCUUCAGUACUCUGUGUGCAGUCAUUGCACUGCAAUCCUGCAGCUGAGCCUUUAUCAUACAAGCAGCGAAAAGAGAGGAAAUUGCUUUCUGCUGGUCAAAUAAAUGACGAUUUUUCGAAGUCUGAGGAGUUGAGACUUGAUAAAAUAAAACCCUUAAAUGAUGGUUUUGUUAAUGGUCCACAAUCAGUAUCUUUGCCACAGGUAUCCAUGGAGUUGCCUAACAAAGCAGCGACGUUAGAGGUUGAACAAGAAACAGUCCUGUUAAAUAGUUGUGGAGAUACUAAAGAAGUUGAACCUGAAAUUGUUGCGUUGAUCCAUGGUGACAAUGUGGAGAUGGAAGAAGUUGACAAAAAAAGGGUUGUCUUAACUAAUUGUGGAAGUGCGAGGAUUGAAGAAGUUGGACCCCAAAUUGUUUUGUUAAACGAUGGUGGCGAUGUAGGGAUGGAAGAUGUUGCACAAGAAAUAGUUGUGUUAAAGAAUCACGAAGAUGAGCGGAUUGAAGACGUUGAACCCCAAGUUGUUGCCAGCAUCGGUGGCAAUGUAGAGAUGGAAGACGUUGAACAAGAAACAGUUGUGCUACACAAUCAUGGAGAUGCAAGGAUUGAAAAAGUUGAACCUCAAAUUGUUGUAUUAUACGAUAGUGGCAAUUUAGAGAUGGAAGGCACUAAAGAAGAAACAAUUGUGUUGAACAAUCAUGGAGAUGCACAGAUUAAAGAAGUUGAACCCAGAAUCGUUGUGUUAAAGGAUGAUGGUAAUGUAGGGAUGGAAGACGUUGAACCAGAUUUUGCUUUAAGCAGUAGUGAUGUGUGUUUAAUUACGAGUGUGUGUGUAUGGUGUGCAAAAAAGUUCACUCGUGAGACUGUUGAAUCUGAAGAUCAUUCAGAAUCAGUUGGUUUCAUGUGCCCAACCUGCAAAGCUACAAUCUCUAAGCAUCUUGACAAUGGUUUUCAUGAUUUCUGAUCCUUGCAGUGCUUCCUAUAUUGCUGGUAAGGCUUCCUCUAGGACCAGUGAAAUAAUGAUCGGAUGUAUCAAAUGCAGUACAAAUUUAUGUUGUUGCAGUAAAUUGAUGGCUGAAUUUGUCAACUGCACCAUAAAUUUAUGCGAUGAAAUCUUGCUUGCGAUCAUGUCUGUUACACUGUAUAAGCAGAUCAACUGGUUCCGGGAAAUAGAACAGAGCUUUUAGACCUAGAAGUUUCAUGUAUUUCUGUCAUGAUGCUUAAGAUCAGAUCUGUGUAUAAGCAGUUUAGUUGGUGCCGGAAAAAUAGAACAGAGCUUAUCUUUUAGCCUACACCUAGAGUUUUCUCGUACUUCCUGGUCUUGGUAUGGUGCUUUGAUGCACAUCAGGCCUACUCAUGCUUUCGAAGUCCAACUUUUGUAAACAGUGGAGGUAUUACAUAUACAUCAAAAUAUAAUGUUUUCUGGUGAA